AUGUCUUCUUCUGAAAACGCAACAACACCUGCUGCUUCCGACAAUGCGGCCCCUCGUGCGGAGCUGGACAUCACCAAGCUCCAUGCGCUUCCCUCCGAACAGCAGGACCUCUAUCUUCUCACCUUCACUUCGGACUUGGUGCAAUAUAUCUCGGACCUAGAUUCGGCGAGUGUAUCAUUGCAACAGAAGUCCUUGAAGAAGGAACUAUUCAAGAUAUUGACCCUCUCGUCGCCAACGAUCACUCGUGUUAUCCGGAACAACCUUGGCCGCUCUUUUGGCGCUAUACUUGGCAAAGGGGAUCGGGGGAUACUCUUCGAAACAGUAACCGACCUUCUUGCUAUACUGAAUGCAGGCAAAAAUGAGGCGGAGCUCAAGACGAAGUUCGCCGCGGCUCACUGUUUGGGAGAGGUCUUUGCAGUCGCCGGAGAGAGUGUGUUUGCGCAAUCAGGAACUGUGGCAUCGGGCUUGCUCAAACUGUUAAAGUCUUCCAGUAACCAUACAGGACUUCGGGGAUCAACUUUUGCGAUCUUGCGCAAGGUUGUCGUUGGUGCUGGAGUUCCCGUUGACGAAGGGACGGCGCGGGAUAUCUGGAAGCAGGCUCGCAAUGCCGCAACCAGUGACAAGUCCACCUUUGUCCAGGUCCACGCAUGCCGCUGUCUCGAACAGUUGGUGAAAACAACACCUUUCUUCGAUAAUGCGAACGACUUUGAUCAUUUGAAGACUUUGAUUUGGAAAGUCAUUGACAGCAAUGUUGCACCUGUCAGACACGCUGCUGCGGCUUGUCUGGCGCAAGCCUUGGUGAAAUUGCACGCCUCAGAUGCACGGGUCACAGCCGUUCCCAAGCCUAAGAAGAUGAAGAGACAGUCUAAAAAGCCCGCGCCGAGACCCGGAGAGGACGACGACGAGGCUGAAGUUUCCGAGCCCUCGGUUUCCAAAAAGGCAGAGCCCGGUUUAUACUUCCUCCUGCCGGAUCUUCUUCGCCAACUUUCCACUCAAUAUAUGAAAAGCACAACGUCCAAUCGCGCACGAGCCGGUAUUGCUGCAUGUUACAAAUAUGUUCUGCGCAGCCUAGGCGACAAGCUCGUCGAAGAGCGCUACGGGCAGAUCGCGAAUCACCUCCUCUUUGAACUUCUGAACCAUCCAACAGUAACUUAUAACCGAUUCCGACUCCUGAUGACCCGGAGGUUUGUUAAAGGAAUUCUGGAGGAGACGGUGGGACGGGAAACUCUGCGCGAAAAUAGCCAGCUCAAUGCUGCGAAGUGGUUAAUCAACGAAAUUCUUAAGGACUAUCCUCAGGUCCUUCAAGAACGCCGCGAGCCCAGCAAAUACACACUUGCCAGCACUCUGAGUGCAUUGUCUUCUUUGAUAUCGUCCCUAGGUUCUGCAUUCGGCGCUAUGGCAGAAGCUUGUCGCGAGGCACUGCUCCAAGUCCUCCCUCAUCCCAGCUACACCGUCCAAAUUCACGCUGCGCACUGCUUAAGGAACUUUGUUCUUGCUUGCCCACAUCAGCUCAUAUCCUGUGUGACCAUCUGCCUGAACAGCCUGAGCAGAGAGAUUGGGCAACUUUCUACGCCCCGGCAGGCGCCACGGCGCUGUGUUGGGUACGCCAACGGACUGUCGGCUAUGUUGAGUACUUCUCGACUGCAACCGCUCUACGGCUCUGUUGAUGUCUUCUCCCGCGUUUUCACUCAGGCGACUGAUCUGCUAAAGACCAGCGGCAAAUCAGAGCUUCGGGCAGCGAGUACACAGGUGCAGGUGGCAUGGAUUUUAAUCGGAGGUCUGAUGCCCCUUGGACCAAGCUUCGUUAAGAUUCAUCUGUCCCAACUGAUGUUACUGUGGAAAAAUGCGCUACCCAAGCAUCUUGGCAAGGAUAAUAUCGCUCAGCGGGGGUAUCUAGAGAUGAGUUUUCUUGCACAUGUACGGGAAUGUGCUUUGGGGUCCCUGUUAGUAUUCAUGGACUUCAACAGCAAAUUGAUCACAGCGGAUGGUGCGAGAAGAAUCGCUGCUAUGCUACAGAACACGAUAGAAUUUCUCGAUGAUCUUCCGCGGCAGAAGUCUGUUGCAGAUCUUUCGCAACGCCUCCAACCUUCAUUGCAAUUGCAUGAUCUGACCACAAUGGUCCGGCGACGGGUUCUGCAGUGCUUUUCUAAGCUGAUUGAUGUCCAUCCUCUCAGCCACGCCGAUGUCAUCUCCCAGACUACUCUCUUGAGUCUUUCUAUCUCUUCCUUUGCCGACCCAGAAUACACCCAACCUGCUCCGCUGGAAAGUUCGAUAGCGGCUGCAACCGCUCAGUUUGAGACUCUCUGGGAGCUCUGCGAUAAUUUUGGAUUUGGUGUCACUGGCUUAGCCCGGCAAUAUAUCCGUGCAACACUCUCAGGCAAACAGGACAACGAAAAUGGUCCUGCUUGGUCAGCUGUCGAUUUAUCAGAUCAAGAUAUUGACGAUGCACAGUUGACUUUUCCUAUCUGCCAAGCUAGCGAACAUGAUUCUCUUCUUUUAUACUCGUCGAGGAGUGAAAGAGACAGUGUUUUGGCUGAUCCGCACGCCACGGGGGUCGUCAAUGCUGCAAUUGAACUGUUCGCUGUUGCUAUUCCCUUGUACGCCCCUAAGGUACAGGAAAGUACUAUGGAACAGAUCGCAACGUUCCUGUCAUCCCAGAGUCUUCAGCGCAAUCCCGGCCGCAAGGCUGCAAUGAUCGUCAACAUUGCGGUGGCGUUACUUCAUGCGCUGAAAAUCGCUGCCAAGGACAGUGGCUCAGCAUCCGGCAGGCUCAGUCCUGUUACUGAGAAAGUACUGCAGGAGUUGUUGCAGAAAUUCGUCGUUGACGCAGAUCCAAUUGUCCGAACAAUAGGUGCUGAAGCACUUGGACGACUCUGUGACGGUGCUGGAAACACACUUAUGACUACACAGGUCAAUUGGUUGGUCGAUACUAUUGUUGAUAACCGGGAGCCUAAUGCCCGCGCUGGCUGUGCAGCAGCCUUGGGAUGCAUUCACGCACAAGUAGGUGGUAUGGCAGCUGGCCUGCACCUUAAGACGAUUGUUGGCGUCCUAAUGUCACUUUGUAACGAUCCCCACCCUGUCGUUCACUUCUGGGCACUUGGGGGUUUAGAAAGAGUAGCCAAUUCCGCAGGCUUGACUUUUUCACCGUUUGUUUCCAGCGCGCUCGGGAUGCUUGCUCAGCUAUACAACGCUGAUACUCACAAUGAAGAGGCCGCAAGCUUGGCAACAUCGAACAUCGAAAUGACCUUCCUCACUCCGGUGGUAAUAAGUCGCUGCGUCGAUUCACUGAUCAAUGUCCUCGGCCCUGAUCUUCAAGACAUCACCAAAACACGAAACCUGAUUCUGACGCUCCUCCGGCAAUUUCAACUAGAGGACAAUCCCGCUUUAGUCACUGAGAGCUCCAAGUGCUUAGAUCACAUGUCACUGUAUGCGCCGGGAUUUGUGGACUUUUCAGGAUUUGUGACGCGUCUCCAAAAUGAAUUAUCUGCAGGCAACCCUUUGAUGAGGGAUGUGGCCAUUCGUGCAUUGAGUAAUCUCAUGAAACGAGAUGCUACUUCCGUCCUUCGAGCAGCAACGCCAGAUCUCGAAGAGCAGAUAUGGCUUGCAUAUGAUGAUACACCUGAUAACCUGGUCCUGAAAAAUAUGAUUCUGGACUGGCUACAGCACACCGCCCUUACAGAGACCGAGCAAUGGAUUCAGCGUUGCCAGAAUACGUUGACCAAGACCCGACUGAAAGUAGAGGACAUCCCACCAACGUCUGCUGUUAAGACGGCUGUCAAUGACAUGCCAGACGACGAGGUUGCAGGUUUCGCAUAUGCAAUUGCCGGGGCAGGACAAUCGGAGACUGUAAACGAAACUGUUACCGGUCAGGAGCUGUUGAAAUGGCAAACUCGCAAUUUCGUGAUGAGUUGUCUGAGUCAGCUUUUGGCGACAGUCCAGGAGGCUAUUUUGCCUGAUCAGACAAUUCCUGCUGAACUUGCCCUCCAACACAAGGUUGGAGAUAUUGUCCGGAUGGCAUUCUCAGCGUCCACCGCAAACGUCGUAGAGCUGAGAGUCUGGGGGCUGAAGAUUAUCGAUCAGGUUCUCAAGAUGUUCGGCAAAACUCCUGAUCCAGACUUUGCAGAGGCGUCUCUCCUCGAGCAAUACCAAGCCCAGAUCGGAUCGGCGCUCACUCCCGCGUUUGCUGCUGAUUCAUCUCCAGAAUUGGCAUCGGAGGCAAUCAACGUCUCUGCGACUUUUAUCGCAACUGGUAUCGUGACCAAUGUAGAACGAAUGGGCAGGAUCUUGAAGGUCCUGGUUCUCGGGCUGGAAAACUUUUCUAGUAAGUGCAAAGUUGAGGUGUUCCUGAAAGUAUGCUCACCUUCUCCAGAAAAUCCUGACACUACGGAAUUCGGAGAUCUCAAAGGUCUCAAUUCCAACGCUAAAGUCAUGGUCAAAAUGGCUCUUUUCGCCGCUUGGGCACGGCUACAGAUCGCAAGCAUCGACCAGGACUAUCUGAACGAGGUCGUUCAACCUUAUCUCGCGACGCUCACCCCGCUGUGGCUCUCUUCUCUUCAAGAAUAUGCUCGGCUUAGAUUUGAACCGGACAUCUCAGGUAGCUUGGGCACUGGCCCACAAAGUACGAACCUAGACGAGGUGUAUGCGGCGCUGAACCGGGAAACACUUUUGAAGUUCUACCAAGAUUCCUGGUUGAGCCUAGUCGACGCGAUCGCUGGCCUGGUCGAGAAGGAUAUCGAUUUCGUCUUCGAUGCCCUGGACGGAAAGACAACGGAACCCAAGGACCGAGAGGAAGAAAAAGCGAACAUGCCCAACGGGAAAGCCGUGGACAAGAAACAUGAUAUCAACUACCGUGACGAACCAGUCGCAUUCUUCUUCGUCCUUUUUGGCUUGGCAUUCGAAGCUCUGGUUGACCAAUCGACAACGCCAUCUCAACGCUUAGAUAUCCUGCAAGCCCUCAAGAGAAUUUUGCGGCCAGUCAUAUCUGGAAAUGCAAUCUAUCAGGAUGCCAUCUUUUCCGAGACGAUGGACACUUUUGACCGGCUCGCCCUUACUGAGGGAACCCCCAUCCAGACCGUGAUUGUCGAAAUAGCACGAAACCUCUCACUGGACCACCCAUCAGCAAAGGCUGGGGAUGCGCGCAGCGAUCAUCUUUCUGAUGAUAUCGAGCAGCUUUUUGAGCUCACGCGAAGUAUCAUCCUUGUUCUGGCUGGGCUGCUACCGAAUCUGGGCGAGAACACUUCUGUGGCCCGAUUCAACGUGACGUCGGAUGACUCCUUGUCGCUGAUCCGGUUAGUUCUUUCAUCUCUGGUUCAAGUUGCCUCCAUCUUUCCCUCCAUCAUCCGCAAUGACCUCAAUGCAUGUAUUUUGCACAUCUUCACCACCAUUUUGGCGACCGGGCUGUGUCAAGCGGAAGUGGUGCCUCAGGCUCUUCCGACGUUUAAACACUUUAUCCAUGGCAUCAUCCAUCCCAAGGCCUCCGUGUCAGAUGAAGCCCAGGAUCUUGCCAUCGUCUCUCACCAGUUGCGCGGUUGUCUCACACGCUUCCUUACGACUUUGACGAUCGCUCAGCGACGGGAGUCCGAGUCAUCCCUACCAUGUGCUAAAAACACACUUCUUGCUAUUACAAUUCUGUUAACAACCGGGGGCCACAUCCUGCCUCCUCAAGAUCCUGCCAUCCCUCGUGUCCUGAAUGAGCUCCUAGACUGCCUUCAGGACGUCGGUCUUGCCAAUGUUGCUGCAGGCUGUAUCCGUUCUAUCUUACUUACCUCUACAUCAAGAUCACCAACCAACGACCUCAUUGCCAAGUAUCUCCUUCCCCGUCUCAUAGCCUUCUUGGUCGGUUGUCCCCUUGACAAAGGGGAGAUUCCAAGCGACCCUGAGAACUCAAGGACAGUCAUUGCACGUACGCUAGUCUCGUACGCCACCAGCGCUACCUUUGCUGCAAGUGAACUGCCCACAGCAUUCUCCAUUGUCAUGUCCGCGCUUCUCGCACGCGCCAAACGCGAGAGUUACCCGGUCUACAGAGAAACCGCCGCUCAUCUACUAGAGCUUGCUCGAGCGGACCAGGCCACGUUCCGAGCUCUCGUAGCCUCGAUGAAGCCAGACCAGAAGGGCCUGCUUGAAGAAAUUCUUCGAAGUUCAGAUCCUGGAACGGGUGCUGGCGCUGGGAGAGCUGAAACAAAUGGUGCGCAGUCGGAGGCAUCGCAAAGUAUGCCGAGUAUUGCGCUCAGAUUGGAUUUCUAA